CCGCGCCCCGCGCCGCCGCCCGCGCCGCCUCCGCCCGCGCCUCCCGGAUGCCCUCGGUCCGCAAAGCAUGAGCGAACCCGCUCUCCGUAGCCGCCCCGGGCGCGAAUGGCAAGCUGUCUCCGAGGACUAAAAGGUAGCGCCGGUCAGUGGUCCUUUCCAAUGACGGACAUUAACGAGACUGGCAAAUCCUGGGGAGUCGCAAGCCCCGACUUUGGAGUUUUUUGCCCCCACCACGUCACAGUUCGAACUGCAGAGGGAAAGGACAGCGGCAGGAAGGCGAAGACCGGGCUCCGGCACGUAGUUGGGAAACUUGCGGGUCCUAGAAGUCGCCUCCCCGCCUCGCCAGCCGCCCUUGCAGCCCCGAGUCGAGCAGCAAAGUGAGACAUUGUGCGCCUGCCAGAUCCGCUGGCCGCGGACCGGGGCUGCCUCGGAAACACAGAGGGGUCUUCUCUCGCCCUGCAUAUAAUUAGCCUGCACACAAAGGGAGCAGCUGAAUGGAGGUUGUCACUCUCUGGAAAAGGAUUUCUGACCGAGCGCUUCCAAUGGACAUUCUCCAGCCUCUCUGGAAAGAUUCUCGCUAAUGGAUUUCCUGCUGCUCGGUCUCUGUCUAUACUGGAUGCUGAGGAGGCCCUCGGGGGUGGUCUUGUGUCUGCUGGGGGCCUGCUUUCAGAUGCUGCCCGCCGCCCCCAGCGGGUGCCCGCAGCUGUGCCGGUGCGAGGGGCGGCUGCUGUACUGCGAGGCGCUCAACCUCACCGAGACGCCCCACAACCUGUCUGGCCUGCUGGGCUUGUCCCUGCGCUACAACAGCCUCUCGGAGCUGCGCGCCGGCCAGUUCACGGGGUUAAUGCAGCUCACGUGGCUCUAUCUGGAUCACAAUCACAUCUGCUCGGUGCAGGGGGACGCCUUUCAGAAACUGCGCCGAGUUAAGGAACUCACACUGAGUUCCAACCAGAUUACCCAACUGGCCAACACCACCUUCCGGCCCAUGCCCAACCUGCGCAGCGUGGACCUCUCGUACAACAAGCUGCAGGCGCUGGCGCCGGACCUCUUCCACGGGCUGCGGAAGCUCACCACACUGCACAUGCGAGCCAACGCCAUCCAGUUCGUACCCGUGCGCAUCUUCCAGGACUGCCGCAGCCUCAAGUUUCUUGACAUCGGAUACAAUCAGCUCAAGAGUCUGGCGCGCAACUCUUUCGCCGGCUUGUUCAAGCUCACUGAGCUGCACCUGGAGCACAACGACUUGAUCAAGGUGAACUUCGCCCACUUCCCGCGCCUCAUCUCCCUGAACUCGCUCUGCCUGAGGAGGAAUAAAGUGGCCAUUGUAGUUAGCUCGCUGGACUGGGUUUGGAACCUGGAGAAAAUGGACCUGUCGGGCAACGAGAUCGAAUACAUGGAGCCCCAUGUGUUCGAGACCGUGCCGCACCUGCAGUCUCUGCAGCUGGACUCCAACCGCCUCACCUACAUCGAGCCCCAGAUCCUCAACUCCUGGAAGUCGCUAACUAGCAUCACCCUGGCGGGGAACCUAUGGGACUGCGGGCGCAACGUGUGCGCCCUGGCCUCAUGGCUCAGCAACUUCCAGGGGCGCUACGACGGCAACUUGCAGUGCGCCAGCCCGGAAUACGCACAGGGCGAGGAUGUCCUGGACGCCGUGUACGCCUUCCACCUGUGCGAGGAUGGAGCUGAGCCCACCAGCGACCACCUGCUCUCCGCGGUCACCAACCGCAGUGACCUGGGCCCUCCUGCCAGUCCUGCCACCACACUCACUGACGGCAGGGAGGGGCAGCUCGAGGGCACUCCAGAGCCGGCUACUGUGGCACUCCCUGGCGGCGAACACGCCGAGAACGCUGUGCAGAUCCACAAGGUAGUCACAGGCACCAUGGCCCUCAUUUUCUCCUUUCUCAUCGUGGUCCUGGUGCUCUAUGUCUCCUGGAAGUGUUUCCCUGCUAGCCUCAGGCAGCUCAGACAGUGCUUUGUCACGCAGCGCAGGAAGCAAAAGCAGAAACAGACCAUGCAUCAGAUGGCUGCCAUGUCUGCCCAGGAAUACUACGUUGAUUACAAACCCAACCAUAUUGAGGGAGCCCUGGUGAUCAUCAAUGAGUAUGGCUCGUGUACCUGCCACCAGCAGCCCGCGAGGGAAUGCGAGGUGUGACCGUCCCCGUGGCUCUCACCCGUGCGCUACCAAAUACGCCUGGGCAGCCGGGGCAGGCCCGGGAGCGCCAGGCUGGGGUCUGCUGUCUUUGCUCUGAUAACUCUACUUGACUGAAACUGUAAGGGGAUCGCUCCCAGAGACUUGACAUUUUGGCUUUAUUGUGUCUUAAAAACAAAAAUGAAAUAAAACAACAAAAAUCCACCCCACAACCUUCAGGACAGUCUAUCUUAAAUUUCAUAUGAGAACUCCUUCCUCCCUUUGAAGAUCUGUCCAUAUUCAGGAAUCUGAGAGUGUA